AGGCGGAGGGGCGGGCGGCACGGGACGACGGGACAAGGACAAGGUUAUGUUUUGCACGUCAAGUCUGGCUUGUUGAUUCUUUCGAUCUAGCCCAUGAGCUGGAAGGAUGAAUGCUCAGGAUUUUUUCAUGAAUGCUCAGACAUCUGCAGAACUAGCAGUCCGUUUUGAUACAAGUGGCCAGUUGCCAGCAGCCCUUUAUUACUAUGAGGAUGCUGCUAGUCAUUUACGCUAUGCAGCAGAACUUAUUGAGGAUAAGGAGAUGGGCACAAGUUGGCUUAGGAAAGCUUCCGAGUACCAUGAAAGAAGUCAAGGCAUACAGCAACAGUUGCAAGCAGCAAAAUGUAAUUCCCAGCAAUCUGAAGAUUUGCAACAGCUACAAAGGUGUAGAUUUCUCUUUGGCCACGCUCUUGACGCUGAUGAGGCUGGACUGAAAGAAGAGGCAAUUGAGCUAUACACACAAGCUGUGGAACUGAGUAUAAAAGCUAGAGCUGUGACAAAGGAUCCUGAGCAGCAAGAAAAACUAAAUACUCUACUGCACAGAGCUUUAGAAAGAGCUGAGACACUGAAAGGAAUUAGUCCUGCUGAGGCUGCUGUUUCAUCAGAAGCCUCCAAGACAUCACCAUCAUCUACUCCAUCUCACAUUACAAACGUGCAAAAUAUUUCAGGGAAAAUUGGCAAUCUGACAUUAAAAUCACCAGGCAGUCCUUCAGGUAGCCAUCCACCUUUACAUCGUGGAUUUAGUGCUCAUCUCAAGGUUGUUGGAGGGUCCAACACAUACACAGAAGAAGAAAAACGUGUUUUGCUUUCCACGUCUAGAAUUAAUGAAAGGGAGUAUGUGCCAUUCAUGAGCAUAGACCUCAAAGAAAAGUUUCAGUAUGCUAUUCCAUUCUCAGACAAGGAUGGCUUUUUGGCUCUAUCUCCAAAGCAAAGAUCAGCUUUUGACCGAUGGGCUCGUCCAAUUGAUUAUUGUGAGGACCCUGUGAUGGUUUUUGGAAGCCAGGUUGAUCCUUACAGUAUUAAACAAACGAUUGUGUCAGAUUGUUCAUUUGUAGCAUCUCUUGCCAUUGGAGCGCUGUAUGAGAGGCGGUUUAAAAAGAGGCUAAUAACUUCCAUAAUAUACCCCAAGAACCGACAAAAAGAACCUGUUUACAACCCAUUUGGAAAAUAUAUGAUAAAGUUACACAUCAAUGGUGUGCCUCGUAAGGUAAUAAUUGAUGAUUCUCUCCCUGUGGGUCGACAUGGAGAGCUCCUGUGCUCUUAUUCCAUCAAUCGCAAUGAGCUUUGGAUAUCUCUUCUUGAAAAAGCGUACAUGAAAGUUAUGGGAGGCUACAAUUUCCCUGGUUCUAAUAGUAACAUAGAUUUACAUGCACUGACGGGGUGGAUACCAGAGAGAAAACCUCUUCUUCCAAAGGAGCCUGAUUUUAAUGGUGAUGCCCUGUUCGAUAUGCUUUUGAGUCACAUUCAGAAAGGGAAUGUUCUGGCUACUGUGGCGACUGGUGAAUUGUCAGAGCUAGAAGCUGAAAGAGCUGGUCUUGUUCCUACUCAUGCCUAUGCUGUUCUUGAUGUAAGAAGAGUGAAUGGUGUAAGACUUAUGAAAUUAAAAAAUCCAUGGUCUCACUUAAGGUGGAGAGGAAAUUACUCAGAGCUUGAUACUCAGCAUUGGACCAAAGAAAUGAAAGAAACUCUGGGUUUCAACCCUGACAGUGCUGCCAUGUUUGAUAAUGGAGUGUUUUGGAUUGAUUAUGAAAGUAUUCUGCGAUUUUAUGAUGUAUUCUACCUCAAUUGGGACCCUCAAAUGUUCCAAUAUACUUAUUGUAUUCAUCAAUCAUGGAAAGCAGGCACUGGACCAAUCAAGGAUGCGUACAAUAUUGGAGACAACCCUCAAUUUCGUUUGGAAGUGGGACCAGGUCAAGGAGCUGUAUGGAUUCUUCUUACUAGGCACAUCACAAAUAUUCAGGACUUCAAAGAAAAUCGUGAAUUCAUAACAGUUCUAGUUUACAAGACUGAAGGAAAAAGAGUCUACUAUCCAUACGAUCCACCACCAUUCAUAGAUGGGGUUCGCAUAAAUAGCCCUCACUAUUUAUGUAAGAUAAAAUUGUCUGAGAAUAGUGCAAGAAAGUACACUCUUGUAGUGUCACAGUAUGAAAAGAUGCACACAAUCUACUACACUUUACGUGCAUAUGCCACAUGCCCUUUCAAACUUGAACCUAUAAGAAAUCCAUAUGUGCACACCAAGGAGGUAACUGAUGGGCAGUGGAAAGGUACCAGCGCUGGUGGAUGUGGAAACCAUCCUGACACUUAUCUACACAAUCCUCGGUAUCAGCUAGUCUUGGAAUCGCCCCACAAUAACAAUCAACUUUUGCUAGAUUUGAAAGGUCCGAAGCAGUUUCAGAUGGGUCUGGAUCUAAUCCCUCAUGAUUCAAGCUCCAAUAAAAAGAGAUCUUCUGGAUUAUUCAGGUCUGGCUUUGUAGCUUUUGAAAUUGAAGAUUUACCAUCAGGCACGUAUGACAUCGUUCCAAGUACAUUUCAGCCUGGCCAGGAAGGUCCCUUCAUUCUUACAGUGAAGUCAUCAUGCCACUUUAAGUUAGGACGGAUUCAGUGAUUUUAUUUUUACUUCUUAUCUUGUCAAAUGCUUUGCACUUUUCUUGUAUUUAAGAUUCUCUUUUAAGCACCUUGCUACUUGUUGUGUUUGUGUCUUCAAAUUUUAUUAGCCUUUUUUGUUUUGUAUAUAUCAGAAUUUAAAUUGAAUAGAUGUUCAAUCAUGUUCCCGACACCAACAGGUUGAAAGAGUUUUUUAGUUUGUUUUUACAUUCUGGAGUUGUUUUCUUCUCUACUUUUAAUAUUGUUUAUGCUGUGAUAAUAUUUAUUGUAAUGAAUUUAACUCUAUGAAUAUUUCUUGAGAGGAUGAUGUUUUGAAUUAUCUGUGAAAAAUGAUUUGUAAAAUCAUGCACCAUUUUGUCAUGAUCUGAAGCUAUCAGCGGCUUAUUUUGAUUAUCUACUAAGAUUUGCUGAAAUAAAAUCUAAUGGAUACAUACAUA